AUGUCCUCCUCUUCCGAUACCGAACUCUUCCAAACCAUCCGCACCGAGCUCUCCACAGCCGUAGUCGGCGACAUCCUCGACACUCUGCACUACACCCACCAAUUCCUGCCCCCCGGCCUCGCGCCCCUGCAAUCCACCGCCAAACUCAUCGGCCGCGCCAUGCCCGUCCUCGAAGCCGACAUCUUCUCCCCCGGCAACCCCUCCUCCAAAGGCCCCCUCGCCACCAAACCAUUCGGCCUCAUGAUGGAAGCCCUCGACGACUUAAAGGAAAACGAAGUCUACGUCGCCACCGGCGGGUCGUUCCGCUACGCACUCUGGGGCGGUCUGAUGAGCACGCGGGCGACGCAUUUGAAAGCCGCAGGCGCCGUUCUCAACGGAAUGGUCAGGGACGCGGAGGAGAUUGAGCGGUUGGGGUUUACGGUGUUCUCGCGGGGACUGUAUGCGCAGGAUCAGGGCGCGAGGGGGAAGGUGAUUGAUUAUAGGUGUAUGAUUGAGAUUGAGGGGGUGAGGGUGAAGCCGGGGGAUCUGGUGUUUGCGGAUCGGGAGGGUGUGUUGAUCAUUCCGAGGGAGGUGGAGGCGGAGGCGAUUGAGAAGGCACGGGUGAAGGCGAGCACGGAGAGUAAGGUUGCUGAAGCCAUUAAAGGCGGUAUGAGUGCUAGCGAGGCGUUCAGCACUUUUGGUGUUUUAUAG